UUGUCACAAAAUUUCAAGUAGAUAUCUGAAGAAUUCAUCAAACCCAGAUGGAAUUUUCGAUUUUUCAGUACCAAAAUCAUGAAUUUUCGUUUGAAUCAUCGUUUAACUCCCCGGAAUCUUUGUCCUGGGACGAGAUUCUAUUCCAACAUAGUUCUCUGCCUUUCAAAUUUGAUGAUAUGGAGGAAAUGCUCCUCCUUGAUGUGGUGGUGGAAGGAGGUAAGGAAUCCUCGGAAUCAAACUCCAAUGACGGUGCGGUGAGGGAGGAGGAGGUGAGUAGCCUGAAGAAUCCCAAGGAGGAAAAAUCAUACAGAGGGGUGAGGAAGAGGCCGUGGGGGAAGUUUGCGGCGGAGAUAAGGGAUUCGACAAGGAACGGCGUGAGGGUGUGGCUGGGGACAUUCGACAGUGCGGAGGAAGCAGCACUGGCUUAUGAUCAGGCGGCAUUUUCCAUGAGAGGGUCGAUGGCCACUCUGAAUUUUCCGGUGGAGGUGGUCCGGGAAUCGCUGCAGAACAUCAAGUACAGGUGUGAGGAUGGGUGCUCGCCGGUGGUGGCGCUGAAGCGUAGACACUCGAUUAGGAAGCGGUCGACGAACAAGAGGGGGAAACAGAGUGUGGUGGGCCGGCAAAACAUGGUGGUGCUGGAGGAUUUAGGAGAAGAGUAUUUGGAGCAGCUCCUCAGCUCAUGUGAAAGUACUUCUUAGAUUCUACAAAAAAAUAAAAAGGAAAAAGAAAGUACUUCUUAGAUUUAUAUAUAUAUAUAUAUAUAUUUUUUUUUUUUUCAAAGGGAAUAUAAUUUCUUCUUUAUUAAUAAAAGGAAAAGGAAAGA